AUGCAAGAAAGCUCAGAGGAGAGCAUGGACCUCAAGAUGAAGAACGAAAUCACAACGGACUUGGAGGCUGUCGGGCCAUUCACGUCCAACAUCGAAGCUAGUGCCACGCCACUGGAACGCACGUCGACCAAGCGUGGCCUCAAGAGUCGGCAUGCACAGAUGAUAGCCCUGGGUGGCACCAUCGGCACGGGCCUCUUCGUCGGUUCAGGACAAGGACUCAGAAUGGGCGGACCGGUAUUCCUCGUGGUCGCAUAUUCCCUGAUCACCGUCAUGGUCUUCGGUAUCGUCACAGCGACAACGGAGAUGAGCUCAUACCUUCCGGUGCCAGGUUCGUCCGUGGCAUAUUAUGGAAAGCGGUACUUCUCCAGUAGUAUGGGCUUUGCCCUCGGUUGGAUGUACUGGUAUAUCUUCUCGAUCACCGUGCCGGCCGAGAUUACUGCGGGGACGUUGGUGAUUCAGUACUGGAGUCCGCCAGUGCACAAUGCCGUUUGGAUCACUAUCCUCAUGGUUGUCAUUGUCGCCUUGAACGCAUUGCCUGUUCGCUUUUACGGCGAGACCGAGUUUUGGUUUGCUUCGAUCAAAGUCUUUGGCAUCAUCGGCUUGCUCAUCAUGGCAUUGGUUCUCGUUCUUGGGGGCGGGCCAAACCAUCAAAGAUUAGGAUUUCAUUAUUGGAACAACCCGGCUCCGAUCAAUGACUACCUGGUGACUGGCUCUUCGGGAAAGCUAUGUGCUUUCCUUGGAACGACGAUAUUUUCGAUGUAUGCGUUCGCUUUCGCGCCGGAAUUGCUUGUCGUCACGGGAGGUGAGAUGGAAUCGCCACGACGCAACCUCCCAGUAGCAGGAAAAAGGUACUUCUAUCGCCUGGUCGUCUUCUAUGUGUUGGGCGUCUUGGCCAUCAGUAUGAUCGUUCCAAGUGAUGAUCCAAAGCUUCUUGGUGGCGGCAGCGGUGCCGGAUCAUCCCCUUGGGCGGUGGCUGUAAAAAAUGCCGGAAUCGCCGGCCUAGACUCGGUCAUCAAUGCAAUCAUCCUCACCUCAGCCUGGUCCGCUGGAAACUCAUACCUGUACAUGGCAAGCCGUGCACUGUACUCGAUGGCGGUUGCUGGAUCAGCACCGAGGAUCUUCAUGACAUGCACUGGGUCAGGAAUCCCUUACUAUGCCGUGGCCGCAAGCGCGUCUUUCAGUUUGCUGUCAUACCUGAAUCUAUCCAGCACCGGAGCGACAGUCUUCAACUGGUUUGUCAAUCUAAUAAACACAGGUGGUUUCACUAGCUGGGUAGCCGUUUGUGUGAUCUACUUGCGGUUCAGAAAAGCCACACUGGUGCAAAAUGUUACAGACCUUCCUUACCGGUCAAAAUUCCAACCGUACAUGGCGUACAUCUCUGGAACAUUCUUCUUCAUGCUUCUCCUGUUGAAUGGCUUCAAGGUCUUUGUGCAUGGAUACUGGAAUGCAUCAAGUUUCCUGACUUCUUACAUCGGCAUCCCGAUCUUCCUGUUAUUCUUCUUUGCCCACAAAUUCCUUCGUGCAAGGAACGAACCAUGGAUGAUACCGUCUGACGAAGUGGACCUGUACUCUGGUUUGGACGAGAUCAUUGCCAACGAAAUGCCACUUCAACGGCGUGAGAAGUGGUAUCAGAAGUGGAGAGCUGUGUUUGAGUAA